CAUCGUCUUUUUAGCAUCGGCUCUCUGUAUUUAGCUCACGCUCGCAUCUCUCCUUUUUUAGAAUUCGAAUUUCAAAGGCCAUUACCACCAGAAACUCGAACAUGGAUGGGCGAGAUACAGAUGAUCAGAAACAGAGCCCUGCUGAUAUGACAGUAUUUGUGCAGAAUCUUCUACAGCAAAUGCAAUCUAGGUUCCAGACGAUGUCAGACUCCAUCAUUUCAAAGAUUGAUGAGAUGGGGAGCCGGAUAGACGAGUUGGAGCAGAGCAUCAAUGAACUGAGGACCGAGAUGGGGCAAGAGGGGUCUCCUUCUCCUUCUGCUGCUCUGAAGCCGAAAGAAGAACCAAGGACAGCUGAUGAUUCGGCCUAAGACCAUUCGCCAUUUGAUUUUUUAAUGCGUAUGAUUUGUCUUGCCGAUUGUGUUUUUUUGUCUGGGAUUUCAAACCAGUUGUUCUAGUCUGAGAUCAUAUUGAUGUGUAACUGAGGCAUCUUUUGGUGCCUCAUUUCAUUGGUAACUUCUUGUAGGUGUGGGCCGUGACUGCCACGAAAAUACAAUCCAUUCUUUACAGAA